AUGGCUCCCAUUGAACUCAGUCGUUCGUUAUCGCAAAGCCAUGAUGACAAUGAUCCCACCACAGUUAUCUCAAUUGACGCGAGCAUUUUAAAGACCCUGAUGAGCCAGCAACACAAGAGCCACGCUUCCACGGAUCCCACUGUCCUGGAAUGCGACAUCCAUACUGGCUGUCAUCGUGCACAAAGCACUCCUAGCGACCAACUACAACAGCAACGACCCCUUUCACCAGCGGGUAUGGAGCAGACAAGUCCGAGCAGCGAAGAGGACGACCACGGCGACUACGAACACCUCAAAGAACUUUAUCGAAAUUGCCAUUACAGUACCAAGAAUCGCUAUAGCUAUCUUCUCGACUGCGCUCCUCGAGACCACCAGGACCCUCAAGACCGUGAUCAUCCCCAAAAGCCAUACCAUCGCCAUCUGCGACUUCCAGACAAAGACGCCAAGGCCCUACAGCAAGAGUACUACAGCACCCUGCACUACCCCUCGCAUACACACCGCAGCCACAGCCUUAUGCUUGAAUUGAGUCCCGCCGCAAUUACUCUGAUCUUGAUCUCGCUGCUGCUGAUCUCUAUGAUGCUUGUCGAAGCGGUCGGCGCUGUAUAUAGAUUACGAAACCCGUCGUCGCCAUCAUCAUCGUCUUCCCCAGACGAAGACAGCAACAGCCGGAGAAGACAACGAGCAAAACGGCCCCAACCUCGUGCUGCGGAUUCGCCUAGUGUACAAAACGAAAAGGCAUUUGAGGAGGAAUGGGUCUGA